UUAAAAAAUUUAGUUUGCUGGUUCGAAUGAUGUCUCGAGUACUUUGUUUGGGCUAUGUCUUUCUCUUUUUCUUUAAUGAAGCAACAACACAUAGUAGUUAGAUUUAGACUUUAAUUUAAUUACAAAAAUGUAAUGUAGCUUAGUGGUAGAAUGAUGAUAUUUUGAAUAGAUGGUCAGCACUAGAGACUUGAGAAGAUGUAGAGGUGAUAUAUGAUCGGGUGCAGUUUGUACCCACACGUUUUAAUUAUAUAUAUUGAUUUGACACAAAAUUAUCUUUUACGAACUUUUUAUUGUUAAAAUUCACCUUAUGACUGAAUUUCAUAGUUGACUUCAAAUAUUCACAUUAACUUGCUUGUGUCUGAUGAAUUAUUCGUAAAAGGUGGUAGGAUGCCAACUUUUUUGACCAAUGUGGAUUUAUUUUAAAAAAGAUGUUAUUUACAAAAGUGGUUUUUGUCAAAUUUGUCAAGUUAGAGCAAGUCAACCAGAGAAAACUGAAGUGAAUACUGAGAUUGCGGCAAAAUAUGGCUUUUCAAAAAAAAAGUUUGUAAAAGGUGGUUUUGUCCCACUCAAAAAUUUGUGAUGUUUUAGAGUUUUAAAAGUUUAUCUUCAUAUUUCAAUAAAAAAUUGGAAAAUGGUCAGAUUAGUUACACAUAAGAUAUUAAAAGUUAAGCAAAAUACAUAAAUUAUAUAUUUUCAGUAGAUAUUAUGUGUCUUUUGUGUAAUAUUGUCUAAUCUAAUCAAAUAAUUAAGUCACAUAGUAUAACUCGAGAAAAUUAUUUUUUUAAUAUGUAGUCAUAGUUACAUGGACUCUUCAAUUCACCUCAAGUACCUGUGUUGGAUUCUUGACAUUCAGACGUGGACACCGACACUUAGACACUUCAUUUUGGGCCAAAAUUAUUGAAAUUUUUCAUAGAAUAACGGGGUCAGACACUUGGACACGUACCCGUAUCAGACAUGAGUAUACGAGUCCAGGUAAUAUAGUCUGUAGUAGUCUCAGGUGAUUUGUGGAAGUGCCCAAAUAAUAGUUUUUUAAAAAAACUCAUGGUUAUCUACUAUUUAGUACUCCUAUUCAUGUAACAAAUUACCAUAAUAUAGGUAACUUGUGCAUUUACAAGUAUGUAACUCAGGUACCACUAAAAAAAGUCUGUCUAGUUUAUGUUUUGAUCCCAAAAACAUAAAUUUCAUCAGAAAAUCAUACUUUCCCAGACCAAUAUUGCUAUAGAGAAGAAAAACAUGUUCCAAACUCUGACAGUAUGAGCUUUAUUAACAGAUAAGCCGCCAUGAUGCAUAUUACAGUAUAUAUUCCUGUCAGUACUCAGUACUAUAUUCCUCACUGUUUUUUCUUCUCAACUUUUUAGAACAUUCUUCUGUUAGAGUUUGUCUCUAGUACACUAUAGUACUGUACUAAGUACACCCACACAACUCCACUCUCUUUUUUUUCAUCUCAAAUUUCAUCCCUUAGAUGUUGUCUGCAAUGAACUACCUAAGACCGUUGAUCGAAUAUUCAGAGAAGACAUACCAUGUGAAAGCUAAACUUUGCUCAUUUUGCAUAAAUAGGACAGCAAGAAAAAAGAAGAUGAAUUUUCAAGUUACAUGAAAUGGAAGGAUUUGUAGGUGUAAGAAAGAAAAGUAACAAGGUAAGAGGGUGUAUUAAGACAAGCAGAGGACCUUGGGUGGUUCAUAGAAACACUAAGAAGGGUGUUGUUAUGUCCCUCCGGUUUCCAACUGAUAGGGAACGCGAAAACAAUAAGGAAAGGGAAAAGAAUCGCAGGAAAAUCACCCGGAAAAUCUAUGCAGGACUUCGAGUUCAUGGAAAUUACAAGUUGCCUAAACAUGCUGAUAACAAUGACUUGUUGAAGGCUCUCUGUGACGAAGCCGGAUGGUACGUUCAGGAGGAUGGUACAGUCUGUAGGAAGGUUGCUGUAGUAGAGAAUGUAGCAGGGUUGAAAAGUGAGCUUAAGACUCAAAUCUCAAGUGGUGGUGAUGUUGCAGUUUCUGAAGAUCAAUCUAAUUUGUGUAACAAAAAUGAUGGAUGCAUUCAAGAAUCUGUUGGAGAAUAUGGGAUUGAUUUAACACUUUCACUUUCUCUACCUGGCUAUAAUUAGUUAUAAUUCAAGAGUGUCAAAAAUAGAGAGCUACUAAUUGAUUAAUAGAUAUAGAAGAUAUAAGAUGUGAUUUAUUGACAAAUACAAGAAUGUGCACAUUAAACUCUAUCUAUGAAUGAGAAAUGCCCCCUUCAUAUAGCCCACUAUAAAGGCUAGAAUGUUCAUAAUACUGUUUGGAAAUCUAUCUAUGAAUGAGAAAUGUUCGGUUCAUAGCCACUACAAACGCUAAAAUAUUUAUAAUAAUGUUUGUUAGUAUAAUUUUCUUUAAAUAU